UGCUUAAAGCUGCCGGAAUAUUAAAAUUUCCACAUCAGUAUUUCGAAAGAUUUCAACCGACCAACAACCAUGGUCACCAAAGUCCUCACGUUUCUGGCGGUGGCUACCGUCGUCACCCUGCAGCUGGUAGCAGCACAAUUGGCCAGCAGCUGCAUCGCAUCGUCCUGCAAGACCUACCAGGACAUCAACACCCUGUGGUGCCACUCGGAUCCGACCUACUUCUGCCAGUGCCGAACCGAUGCCAGCGGAAAGUGGGUAGAGCAAGUGAUGCCCUGCUCGCGCAACGGAACUCUCUUCAGCUUCCGUCGGCAAACGUGCGUCCACGAGGACCAGUGGGACCGGGACGAGUGCUCGGAGAAGGACAACACUCCGGUGAUGAAGGAAGAACUGGAAAUCGCCUCCUGUAGCAAUCCAUGUACGACGUAUGAGGAAAUUUCGCGACUAUGGUGCCAUCCGGAGGACCGGAAGCUGUUCUGCCAGUGCAGGCCAACGGAGGUGCAACUCGUUUUCCGGCCAGUUCGGAUGCCCUGUGCCAGUGGGACCAGUUUCAGCUUCCAACGGCAGACGUGCAUGCACGAUGCAGUGUGGACGAAUAGUUGUUCGGUUUGAUUUGUGGGAGUGAAUUUUGAUGUAGUUUUGGG